UGCUCAUUGUACAUGAAUCCAAAAGGCGUACACAACAUGAGUGCGCCGAUAGACUUUGAAGAAGUGGUGCGUGUUUAAUGCAAAAUCAACAGAUCUACUUCUUACUCUCUUUUCCAGAAACUGCUCAUUGUACAUGAAUCCAAAAGGCGUAUGCAACAUGAGUGCGCCGAUAGACUUUGAAGAAAUCGACGAUCUCGAGCGUAUGGUUAAGAUAACACAGGCUCAAGGUAUUUCGCUACAAGGGCUGCAGACAUUGGACCAGAUGAGGCAGAGGGCAAGAAAGGCAUACAGGAUAUCACAAGAGGCCUUCUCAGUAAUGACAGAGACCAGGGAAGAAGUCAAAAGAAGACAGAGACACUUGCUAGAAUUAUUCGAGAGCACAGACGCCUGUCUGAAUAAACUGAGUGACAAGGACCACGCACUUCUGGAGCUGAGAGUAAAGAAUCUCAAGAACCGAAUGGCUUACCACAAACAGAGUCUAGAGAGAACGGAAUACGUCGUGCUCGUUGCAGGUGAAAGAAAUUCGAAAAAGAGCACGUUGCUGAGUCUGAUUCUCGGGGAGCAACUACUCCCUGACUCCUUUCUUGGCACCUCUUCCAUCAUCUGCGAACUAAGAUAUGGAAUAACCCACAAGAUUGUAGCGCACUUUACAGACGCAGAUCCCGAAACAGGGCUUCACACAAAGACUAUUCAACUUGGACAGAUGGCUGAGAAUUCUCAACAAAUCUUUCUUCAACAAAUUUCCUCGUUUUUCCUAGAUCAAGAUAGGCAAGGUUGUAAUAAGGUUGAGAUCUUUUGGCCAAACAACCUACUGAAGGAGACAAUCGUUAUAGUUGACAGUCCAGCAUUUGAUGAAUUAUACAUCGUUGACGAGAAAGUAAAGCCAUACCUUUCUAAGGCUUUCGCAGUUAUCUGCGUCAUCAACAGUUUAGCACAGCAACAUAUGAUAGAAGAACCAAUCAAAAAAUGCAGAAAAGUAUGUCUUGAUCAACGAAGGGAAACCUCGUCAAUUUUUCCUCUUUUCCUAUGUAACGACUGGGAUCAAUUAUCUCAACGAGAGGCUGACUCCAUCAAAAAUCACGUCAUUGGGAAACUCAGAGAAUACUGGCCUGAACUAGACCCAGAUUCCCAAAUAAUUUACUUUUCAUCACUUAACGCCUUAAACGAUGAAAAAGCUCCCAAGGAGUUUGCAUUGCUGAUGGAUGGCAUUAAAUCCAGCGCCUUACUAAACAUUAAAGCAACGUUGCAAAAGCAGUGGAGGUGGCUUAACUUCGUCAUUUCAUGUAUGGCAUACCACAUGAAAAUGGUUAAGGAUCUUCUCGUCUCUGAUGAUUUACGCCUCGAUAAACGCCUUCGUGACGUCGAAAAGCGGUUGCACUCAGUAGAAAAAGAGAUGCAAGGGUAUUUCAGAAAAAUGGCAGACGACGCCGCGAGGGUGCUGUCCAAACAUCUACAGACAAGAGAAGUAGUGGAAAAAUUUACCUCGUGGACCCUUGACGAUAUUCCAAAAACCGAAAGUAGUUGGGAGGUAAACGAACAUUUCAUCCAGGAUGCAUUUAUGAAGCGACUUCAGAACACGAUCGCCGCAUGGGAAGACGAGAAUCACAUUUUGUCCAACACUCACAUUUCUCUGGUCCAUUUCUCCAACCAGCGACUUAAUAAAGAAAAGAGUCUACUUCCACUUCAGUACUUGGAGAACUUCGUUAUUACGGAUGAUGCUGCGAGUGAAUCAAAUAUUUGCCCGUCUUCAAAUGACUUCGGUGCGGCCAAAAAAGUUCUGAUCGGGGUUACAAGUCCAAUUUGGGUUCCAGUCAGCCUAGUUGUAGUCCCAAUCUUUGGUGUUAUGACACUUAAAGAGAAAUUUAAAAAAAGGAAAGAUUCAACAAAAUACGUAAAAGAUCAACAAGGCUUCAUCGUGAAAGCUUCCCGUGAAUUCCUUCGCCAUGCGAGUAAAGAGCAACAGCUAAGUUCGAUCGUGAAAGAGCAGCUCAAAGACGCCCAGGAUCACCUUACUCGGGCUUCAUCUCGUUUGCGCGAGCUCACAGCCGCUUACAAAAUGCUAUAUCACCAGCUCAGAGAUGAGACUCGCCCAAAAGGGAAAAUCAAAAAAUCCUAUGGUGAUUUAGAAGAAAUGAGUGUAAGAGUAAAGGAAAAGUUGGCCCUCUUUUUCAUUAAAGAAGUACAGUACAUGGUAAUAAGUCGUAAUGACUUGGAGUGGGAUCGGGGCGAUCAAACUUCACAUCUUGGAAAAGGAGCAUUCGCUUCAGUUUAUCGAGGAACAUUCAGGAUACCACGACAAAGAGAACCAGCACAGGUAGCUGUGAAAUUGUGGAAUGAGGAACUAAACGAAUCCACCGCGGUUGGCUUCCUUUCUAAGACAGAAGCGCUAAGGAAGCUUGACUUUCGCUUCAUCGUUAAGUUCUUUGGGACUGCAUUGCUAAGGGAAGACGGUCGAUGGCGGGUGUUCCAUGUCAUGGAAAUGUGCGAGGAAAACUUGAUGAAUCACAUUUUACAGAAUCGUAAAAGUAUACCUGCUUUGUCCGUGCUGUGUUGGGCUAAGGACAUAGCUGAAGCUAUAGAGUUCAUACAUAGUCAGGGUAUUGUUCACCGCGGACUCAAGCUGGAAAAAAUUUUGCUUUCACAAGGAAAUGUCAUUAAGGUCUCCGGUUUUCGCCUCCCUGAAGAGGCUAAGAUGAUCACAGACAUGUUGACGAGAACCGACGCUAACCUCACCCCGGAAGGGAUCCCUAACAAAGAAUAUGAUGAUAAGGCUGAAGAGGAAGAGGCUAAAAUGCUCACAGACACCUUAAAGGGAACCAAAGCUUACCUCGCCCCGGAAGUGAUCCUUAACAAAGAAUAUGAUAACAAGGCUGACAUAUACAGCUUUGGUAUAAUGCUUUGGGAGAUGUGGUAUGGUGAGAGAGCCUUCCUUGAAGAAGGACAUGCGUUGGACAAAGUAGUUAAGGGUGCAACACCUUCACAUGUACAAGACGACAUGAGGCCUUCCACUGGCUGGCAAAAUCUUAUGCAGCGUUGCUGGGAUGGAAAACCCAACAAUCGACCAGAUGCGGCAGAGUGUCACAAGGUGUUAACUAGGCUCUCCCAGAAAGUGUAUCCACCAUCGCCAUGAACACUGGCUAUCAGGGAGCCAUCUUAAGCAUAUUUCACACUCAAAAAUAGACCUACAGGGUAGAACAGCGGCUAACUUUCUGAUAAGAUAAUCCUUCUGAUUUUCGUGAUGUAUCAUUUUCAACAUGUGCAUCUUUUCUUAAGCAUUUUUUUGUUUUGUUUUGUUUUUGUUUUUCUUCUGCAUCAUAUCGAUAUUAUUCAUUGCUACAUAAAAAUAAAUAAACCAAGGGUAAGAAUCAUUUCAGCACUUUGAAAUACAAAGAUAGAGGAGGUAUUCAAAGGUACAAAUUUCGCAAGUAGUGGACCGCUUAGGGACCUGACAAGGUCCACAAAACUAAGGUGUGCAAAUUUGCAUACGAGAAUUAUACGCUUUAUAUUGGUAAAUAAGGCAUUUAGGACAAACUCUUUGAAUAAAGGAGUAAUCAAUUCAAAGGAUUACUAGCAAUACCUUCUAACAAUGUACCAUUAAAUUUUCUUCGAUUUUGAAUGAUUGUGUGGAUCUUAAGCCUUUUUGUCGUACUAUUUCAAUGAAAUCAAGACUGGGCGAGAGGAGAAAAUUGUGAAAAAAAACUGAAGCAUUUCGAGAAUAACUUGUCGGGGAAUAAGUUAGUUGCUCAUUAAUAAUAAGUCAAAUAUUAAUUGUAAAAGGAAUUAGUUAAAUGAUUACGUGAUAGAUUGCAUCCAUUCUCAGUAAAUUGAACUUAGUGCACAGUUAUCAGCUGAUGUACUUUGCACACGCUAAUUGAACCAAAUAAGGAGGGGAUCAUGUGAACUAGGCUUGAUAUAUCGUACGAUAGUUAUAUUACUGUAGGCUGUGCGAGCGGAACAAAAAUUCCGCAACAUAACUUUCAAUAUAAAUUUUGGAGUGAAUGAAAAUCGUGGAAACAAAAUUUAAGCCACGUAUAGUUUAGAAAUUGACAUCAAAGACAUUUCUUGCCAGAUUGGGAAUACAAAGGUACUUCCCGGCGAAAAGCGGAUAUGAAGCAAAUGAGAGACCAAACCGGAAAAUAUAUUCGGAGAUAGUACGAAAGGACAACAUUUUCAGUUAUUCUUGAAUGGGAGAAGUCGAUAGUCAAUGAAUUUCAGUUGUCAAUGCCUCAUGAAGGUAAACGAUUGCAAUUGAAGCGGUUGCAAUUUGUGAUCUGAGUCACUUGAAAAUUCGGUGAUAUUUCCUGAAGCCGAGCUAAAAGAAUGUUCAAAAUAUCUCAAAAUUCUGUUGUCGAAUAU